CAAUUUAGCAUCAUCUCCGAGGGCUGGGCUGAGUUCCUCCCACCGACCAGCCGUCCACCUCCGCAUCUACGCAGCGGCGCUCGACACGUAUAACCUGAGGACAGGACUAACCUGCCGGGCGCUGCCAAAUCUUGACUCCGUCUCUCGGCAGCCUUGAGGUGCUGCCAUCGAAAUAAAGAUGUGGCUGUUCGUUUUCGCCAGCCUCCUCCCGUGUCUGUUGGCGUAUGAGGUGGAUUUCAAGAAACUAGAUGGCUUGGCUAAAGCGAAGGUGGAGACUUGUGGAGGGUGACAGUUGAACCGCCUGAGGGAGGUCAAGGCCUUUGUGACCCAGGACAUCCCUCUUUACCACAAUCUGGUGAUGAAGCACAUUCCUGGGGCGGACCCUGAGCUGGUUCUUCUCAGCCACUACUACGAGGAGCUGGACCGGAUCCCCCUGUCGGACAUGACCCGCUCCGAGAUCAACGAGCUGCUCGGGUCCCUGGGGUUCUACAAGAAGGCCACGCCCGAGGAGGAGGUCCCCGAAGAGUUCCGCUUCUCUCCGGCCAAGGACAGCCCCUUUAAGGAGCCCCCCGAGUCGCAGCCCCCCCCCACCCCGAGCGCUGAGACGGAGACCCCGCCCGAGGAGGCCGACCAAGAGAAACCCCACUCUGACCUUUAACCCGGAAGCAGAGGACCUGCAACCAGGAAGUAGAGGACCAGAGCUGGUCACCAAACCAAACUCCGUCCCAGUCUGACCACACCUACACUCAACCCUGAUAAUGUGUUGUGUUUUUUUGUUUAAAAAAAA